UUAUAAAAACGAAUUUAAGAGUGUUUUAAUUUUUUUAACUUUGUUUUAAUUUCUUAAUGUGUAUAAUUCUCUAUUCAAUUAUUUACUUUACUUUUAUUUAAUUUAUUUUUUAUUGAAAACAUUGUAGUUGACGCCAUUUUUGGAAUAGUUACAUAAUAAACAUACACUUAUAUUCUGUUACACCGAUGUUAAAUGUUACAACAAAAAUUUAAAAAUUUAACAGCUCCCAAACUUUGGAUUUUUUUAAUUUAUUCCAAUAAUGAGCCAACCAAUUAGAAAAUUUCACCAACUCUGAAGAGCUCAACCCAACUCAGAAUCAUACCAGCCAGUUCUCACUACCCUGAAAACAACAUAACUGAAUUUGAGAAACAAUUUUCUGGCCAUUGUCUCAUUCUUGAAUCAACAUUUUCAACGCUGUAAAUAUGGAAAAAGAGAAAAGUGCAAAUCCUUUAAAUGUUUCGCCCAGAAUUCUUCGUUCGCUGAAAAACAUUUUGCCGCGUAGAAUUAAAAGGUUUAUUCGUUACAAGGUUCUGCAAUUAAAAACUGUCUUCUAUAUCAGUUUGGUUACGUUUCUGAUCAGUAUUUCACAAAUAUUUGGGUUGGCUUUGGAGACAUCGCUUUAUAUCUUACCGGUUAUUGGAUUCGUGUCAUUUAAACCAAUCCUAGAAGGGAUAGUUAAAAAAAGUUCCCCCAGGGCAGCCCGUGCCUUUGCAUUAGUUUUGAUAACCGUCAUCAUCAUGUUUAGGUUGUGUGAUUGUAUGAGUUUUCGCAACGCCGCGCUACUGACAGUGCACAUUUCUAUCAUAAGCUCCAUCUCGCUGGCCAAGCAGCUAACUCCGACAGCUGUAAUUGUCUGGCUAGCGUACAUCAUAACCUCCAGCCUUGCCUUCGUCGUCUGCGUUUUGAAUUAUUACGAUCGCAAUUAUAUAGCUAGAAGACGUUGGGCAAAAUCUGAUGAAAAACUUUCGUUUUCAGAAAUUCUUAAUAACAUCCUUGGUGAAAAAUUUAUUGAAGAUGUUAUCGAUGCUGCGACUGAGAAAUUAGCUCGUAGUAACGCCAUUUAUGGAGUUGGUGAUGAUGACGAUGUUGAUGAUUAUGUUCUUGAUGAUGAUUACGUACUUGACGAAAAAAAUGAUCAUGUUUUCAAUAGCGAUAACAUGGAGGACAUGGAGGACAUGCGUUGGCAUUCAUCAUGAUCAUGAUGAUGGUGGUGAGGGUGGCAAUGUUAUGAUGAUGAUGAUGAUGGUGACGACGAUGAUGAUGACAGUGCGAUUUUGAUGGUAAUGAUAUUGGUGUUGAAACGUUUUUAAUUUGUUUAUUUUUUGGAAAGUUUUGUUUAAAUUGAUGUAACAGAAGUUUGGGAUUUUAGAUUUUUGUCUUGAUUAAACAAUGUUUCAAAAUUUUUCAAUCGGCAUUAGUGCAAAAAAAAAAAUAAAUUCACAAGUGAUUUUUAAAAAAUAUUUUAAUAUUUUUUACAAAAUUUACAUCUAAUUUCAAUUGUUAAUAAUUUCAAUUUCAUAAUUUCAAAAAAAUUGUUCAAUUUUAUAAAUUUCUAUUAAUAACCUAUUGCUAUGGGCUGAUGAAUUUGAAUUUGUUGUACUUAUUCUGCACAUUAAACGUUUCUUAACACGUUUUUUGGGGAGUUUUUGUUGACUGCUUAUUCUUCUAGUGUUUAAUAACAUACUUUAUUAUGCCAGUAUGUAAAAACACCACAAUAGAUUUAAUUAAACGCAUCGAUUAAACGUUGAUAAAACAUUUGAAAAUUUUGGCAAGUAGGAUCAUAAAUGGCGACAACAACAAUUAAAGCAAACAUUUAUUGAAAACUAGAGCUACCUGCUGUUGUCUGUCCUACCUAUUAAUUUUUGAAUAAAUGUUUUCUCGUUAGUUAGAUAACGCAAUGAAAAAAAAAAUGGAAAAAUGUUUCAUGGUAUUUUUGGCAAAUCACGCAAAAAGUAAUUAAAUUCUUUGAAAUAGCUUUUCAGAGUCAGCAUUUAGGAAGGAAGACUUUAAAGUUGGAAAAUUUCGGUUGGGUUUAAUGCUAAACUUGAAUCUUUCUAUAAAUUUAAAUACAAAACUGUCACCCAGCUAGUAACGUUUGGCAAAAUUGUUGUACCAAAGACACUAGUUUGAAGAAUGAAAAUUGCAAAAUAGAUAAGAGAAAAACCAUAAAAUGUUAGAAAGACUUAUGUCCACGUGUAUCGUUAAUUAAUCAAAACGCCUGAGGACAAUAUACUUAACGCAGUGUAUAAAAAAUUCUUUCAUUCACUAAGUCUUAGUACAAAAAAUUUCAUUAGAAACAUGUUCAGGCAAGUUUAUUUUGUACGGCGAAUUUUUAUUCCACAUUGUAUUGAAGCGUGGAAGCGUCUUCAUUUGUUCAAAGCAUUCGAAUCUGGUUUCUUUGGCAAACAUGUGAUUAACUGCUGCUUGCUAGACAGGAAUAAAAAACUUCCUGUUUGCUUCGACGACCAAAUGCCAAUCACGAAGAAAACUCAGGCAAGAAGUUUGAAGGAAUGCAUCCUGAAAUGCAUGUUGUUGACAGAUGAAAAAUUGAGAGGAAUGAAUUACAUGCCAUCCGGGUCAUGCUCCUGCUUCUCAAUAGCAAGUCUGCGCUACAACGUUAGCACUAAACUGGUGGCUUCAGGCUGUAGAAGUUACGUUAAUCAUGAUUGCCCUGAAAGAUUCGAUUACGUAGUAGAGCAGCACAGAUGCUACAAAAUGCAAUUUCAAUUGUUGAACUGGUAUGACGCAAGAUCCUUGUGUAACAGUAUAUCCCAUUCCCAUCCCAUCAGUAUCGAUGACGAUCAGGAAAACGUUGAAUCCUUGGAAUACGUCAACAUCACCGCUCCCAAUUAUCAGGUAUGCCCCAUCACUGGCUUUACAGACAUCUACGCAUUCUACACCAGCGGAAUUUCAACCUACUUCAGUGGAGUCAGAACUCCUUUCUUGUGGUUUCCAUAUCCAGGUAUUUACAAGAACGUGCAAAGUACAAGUGCCUGGCAUUCAAGUGAACCGAACUCUAUAGCCGACGGUUCGGACAACUGCAUUCAAAGCAUUCUGCUUGGUUACUUUGGUUGGAACGAUGCUCCGUGCACCUGGCUCAUGUGCGUUCUCUGUGAGUUCGACAUGAAAAUUUGA